AGCAAAGUGCAUCGUUAUUGCAGACUCGAUAUUGCGAGGGGGCUGUGUGGGGUGUUCCCCGGACAGGGUAGGGAACAAUCGUGAGACCGGAGUUGACGAUGGUUCUGGACUGGAGCGAAAUGAGAGUACCACCGGUUUUAUUGUUAUCCAUCUGGUUUGACAUGUGAAGUUCCCAUUUAUUUGUUUAGAGGAGAGCAGACUUUUCGCGCGAACUGAGUGCACCGUCACUCGCUUUCAUUAUCAUUUCCGUCUCCCACCACAAGGUCACCUGGAAUCUUGACAAUGCACUUCCUCUGCCUCCAUGGUAUCGGAACCAACAGUGAUAUCUUCCAAGCUCAGACAGCAGCGAUACGGUUCGAACUUGGCGAUGAACACACUUACGAUUUUGUGGAUGGCCCGAUCGCCUGCGAACCAGCCAAUGGAAUUGAGAGAAUGAUGGCAUCGAAAGCUGGCACUGUAGACAUACCUCAAUGCUAUUCAUAUUUUGACUGGUAUUCACCAGAGAGUAUCCUCAGCGCAAUAGACUGGCUCUCAUCGUAUAUCGAAACCAACGGACCGUACGAUGGCGUUAUCGCAUUUUCUCAGGGAACAUGUCUCGUCUCGACACUCAUGUUGCAACAUUCCCGCCUGGACCUCGACGGCGAAGAACCACUAUUCAAGUGCGUAAUACUCUUUAGUGGAAUACUACCCCUGAAUAUUGAGGCUCUCGAGCUUGGUCGGCGUGUGCAGUUUGGAAGAGUGGAUCCAUCAGAGGCGCAAUAUAGCGACAGCGACAACGAGAGCGAGAUUAGCGUCGAUGAGAGCGAUGGAGAAUUGGUUGAGCCCUUUCAGAUCCCCUCUGCGCAUAUCUGGGGGACUAAUGAUGACUACCCGCUGCCUCAAGGUGCGAGGGUGAGUGAACUGUUUGCUGCCCGAAUGAGGUCUUCUGUGACGCACCAGGAAGGGCAUUCGAUACCCGGGGCGCGAAUGGGCGGAAAUGUGUCGAAGAUUGUAAGGCAAAUCCGGAAGACAAUUGAGAGGGCAGAGAUGGCGCAUUGAGAUUUAUUUAAAGAGUACCUAGGUAGCGAUCGGGAGUACAAAUAAGGCCCCGCAGACUAUCGUAGAUGAUACCAAGAACUGGAGGCUAGAUUUAAGACUUUAUCAUUUGUAUAUUAAU